AUGCCGAAGGAAUCGUGUCCCGGAUUGCUGUUGACCCUGGUGUCGGUAUUCGUCGGUCUGUGCGAGUCCGGCGGCGCGAUGACAUCCAGCGCGCAGCAGCAGCCGUCGCAGCCGGCGCAGCAACAGCAGCAUCAUCCGGUCUGCAGGGACGGUCUGGAAUUCUGGUCGACCGAGCGCGGCACCUGCUUGCCCUGCACCCGAUGCGCCCCCGAGUUUACUCUGAGCCCGUGCGCGGUGCACAAGGACGCGAUCUGCGGCCCGCUGUCGGCGCUGGAGAUCGACUGGUCCUUCCUGUCGCCGGCGGUCAGGAAAAGGCCGCCGUCGGAGUCGAACGACGACGUUCAGCGUCGCCUCGAGGAUGUAACCUCGAAGAUGUUCUGGCGGUUUCCCGAGGAACGGGUCACAGAACGGCUUCCCGAAAGCGACAAUCUUGUCAAUUCCGAUCGGGAAAGUGACGGAAGUAAGGCCGACGAGCAGCCGGUCUCCGCUUUGCAGCAGUCAAAAGCGGCGCACGAUCCGAGGGAGAGGAGAAAAUCGGACAUCGAGGACGGUCUGUCGUGGGAUUGGCAGACCGGCGCUCUGGUUCUCGCUGUGUGCGCCUGCAUAGUAUUUUUCUUGGUGGCAGGAUGCUCGGCUCUCGUCUACGCGAGACAAUGGCGACGAAUGAAGAAGAACUUCGAGCCAGCGGGUCUCGAGGAGAUCUCGGCGAGAUUGAAUCUCAUGGUGAAGGCGGAGCUGGCCGAACUGAUCGCAGGAGCGCCGAUGAACCCAGGUGAUCCCGAGACCAGAUGCCAAUAUCUCGAGAAGCUUUUAGACCGGAAACGAGAGACUCCGGUGGUAGCAGCGGCGUCGGCGACGGCAGCGAGUGGCUGGCCGGAGGCGGCGGCCGGCAACUUGUACAUCGAGGAGGGGGACGUAACGACACCGAGGAGCAAGCGGUCGCAGAUCUCGCGGAUUCAGCACGACAUCGAGACCAUUCUCAGUCAAAAGACGAAUCAGGUCGUCGAUUGACCGAGAAACGCGCAACACCUCCUCACCCAUUGGAAAUUCCAAUGAGAUAAUGGAAGCUGAGAGCCUCUGGCUCUCUGAACUCUGUGUAUUUCGUAAUGACGCGAAUAUUGUGUUAAGUGUAACGUAAGGCAUAAAAUUAAAUUCACAUUGCGAGAGACAACAAACUGGCAAAACCCCGAAUACUCACACACACUUUGAUUGCAAAUCCGACGUUGUGCAGUCUUGAGAUCACAAUUCAAUUUUCCGUAUAUAUAUAUAAUUUAUAUGUACAUAUCUGUUUUUUUUAAAUGUUGGGACAAACAAUUGAACACACUCGGGACGAAGAGAUGAACGAAUUGGCGAGUCAAUUUGUUGUAUAAAAAAAAUUUGCUCUUGUAGUAUUUAACGUAAUAGAACGAUUAAUUUUAUUUGAUUUCGGUCUUCCGGAGGGAACUUGUUCUCUCCGUUCGAAAUUAAUUCACGUCCGUCAUUGAAACGGCGCAGUCAAUCUGGAUUACGUCGAGCUCUGGGAUCGUCCAGAAGACGGAUAAAUUUAAGAAAAACCGGCGAAGUAUAAAUUAGAUAUUUAUAUACGAUUACAGAUGGUGUGCAACGCACCAGUGAACGCAGGUUGGGAUUCGUUGCGUCGGGUCGGAUCAACUGGGAUUUCUCUCUUUUUCUUUCCUUUUUUGUGACAAGCGAAUAAAAACCGUCUUAUAAAGACAAACCUUCCAAUCGUGUCCCGAAGCUCGAGCGCGAUUCGAGCGACGAGCGACGCGCAAGAUAUUUUUUUUUUUUUUUUUCUAUUUAUUUCUCUCUUUCUCUCUAUCUAGUUUUAACGUGACGAACACUGUAAUAUACAAGCGCUUUUUGUAUUCAAUAUACACAUGGUGCCACGAGCAAUAAACUUCAAUACAUCUAGA